AUGUGGGAAGCGCAAGAGACAAAACGUUUUGAAACAGAUUCAUGCCGUUGCAAAUUUAUUCCAACUGUUCAUUCUCAAUAUGGUAGUCGAACAUUAUUUCGCUUUCCUGACUCGAACUUUUUCUAUCAACAUAUCGAUGGAUGUUGCCGUGUAGCAGCCGUAUAUGCUUUCUUCUUAUUGGGACAUAGGCCAGAUUCAAGAACCUACACAGUUCGAUACGACAGAAAUACACACGAAACAUGUGAAGUGAAAAUGGAAAAAUUGUUAGCAGAUGCAUUUUAUAAUCGAAACUGCUAUGGUUCUAUAUAUCGCGUGGUACAAAAAGAUGAGGUAAAACGCCAGCCAGUAGUAGAUUUAGACCAUAGCGUUGAUCGUAUAUAUAUGACAAAUCGUCAUCAAUCUCAGUUUAUUGGACAAGAUAUUUUGUCACGUUUUCAUUUUAAACUAAGACAAUAUCAUUCAUCCAAUUCUGAAACAAGUGGCGAGGACGAAGACGGUAUCUUUGAUAAACUUAGUAUCCUAGGCUAUCAGAGAACUCAUGCUUUGCACGAUAGAGACAAAAAACUUGUUGAUAAAUAUUUGAAUCUCAAUGAUGAUUGGCGUCUUCAUCCGCGUUGGAUGAAAUGUGCCAGAGAUGAUGUACUGGGAUAUUAUGAAUAUUUGGUCAAACAGACGGAACAAAAUUCGAGUACGAGUCUGUUUCGAAUAUUAUUAGCGAAAGAUCGUGUCAUUGAUGGAUUUUGUGAUUGUCCAAUGAAUUCUCAUCCAAAUCUAAACGAAGUUGAAGGUUUAGUUCAAUUUUAUAAUCAUCUUAUAUUCGAUUUUGAUACACAUCACUUGACCGUUGAACGUCUGUCAGAUGAAAAACUAGUCUGUUCUGAUUAUAAUUCUCUUUUAUACCACUGUGUUUGA